AUGCCUGCCGGAACAAAUGUCACAUCCAACUCACACGCGGCGACUGCUGUCAUCACGGGCUCUAUGAGCGAUACUCAGCCUCACGGAACGGCAGAACCCCCUUCAGGAGAACCUGAGGCUUCUCUCAUCAAUGAGACCGUUCUUGGACCUAUCAAUGCUAGUAUUAAUCGCCAUGAUCCACUGCUCGAUGAGCAGCGCUAUAGAGCUAAUACGCCAUACGACUCAUUUGACCACUGGCUCGGUGAUUUUUCAAUAUCCGACUUUGACCAGGACAAUUUCCUGCAUUCAUGGUGUCCUUCCUUGCUCCCAGGCACAGAUUCGAUCUCCGUCAAUCCGUUUUCUGUACCACAAUCCGAGCAGGUCCUAGAUGGUUGGACUCCAGGGAGUAGGAGCCCCCUUCAGACUAUUCAGACACUCGAAACCAGCAGAUCAAGCACGCACCCAAUCACAAGUAUUUUCAAUUCACCCAGCCCCAUUUCCAACAAUUUCACUGCUUCAUUUCCUAGAGCUCGUCGGCAAUGGCACUUACGCGGAGGUCAGCCCCAAUCGAGUGUGUGGAUGGCUCUACCAGGAGAUGGCACGGAGAAUGAGCCUUCUACAAAUUCCGUUCCGUGCAGGGAAACCUUUCUUCAGCGUCGAAGGUUUGACGAAGACACCAGAGCACGGUUGAAAGAUGCCAUUAGAACGCACCAGCGUUUCAGCCAGCUACUUCCUCAGCAGGCAACCGGCCCAAAUUACAAGAGCUUCUCCUCUGUCAGCACUACUUCUUCUCAGGGUGACAUGCCCCCUGCGGGUCUCCUGGACAUUGCUCUGGAUGUCUAUUUCGCAAAAUGCGAUCCAACGAUCCCGAUCAUCCACCAUGCUACAUUUAGUGCUAGAACAGCUCCGACUUGCCUGCUCCUGUCACUGGUUUUGACAGGUUUUAAUACUUUGGGAACAAAAGGUGCAGUAUCUUAUGUGCGAAACCUCCUUCCAACCCUGCUCUCCAUGGUUCUGAGACAAUUAGAAAAGGAGUGUACAGUCGGAUUCCAAGAUGCAAGCUGGCUGGCAACCAUGUCUGCGGCCACAGUGUUAUCCAACAUGGCUAUCCUGUUGCAGCACCAGGGCAAUGAAGAAGGUUGCAGAACUGUGUUCUUUGUGACAACUGUGUUGUUGACGGCACGUAAUGCUGGGAUCUUCUCCGUCCGGGUGCCUCAAUCAAAUCAUGAAAGCAUCACAUAUACGGACGACGUUCAAGAUCGAUGGCUUAAAUGGUCCCGCAUUGAAUCUGCGAGGAGACUCGCAAACGCUCUUAUAGAUCUAAACUUGUCCUUCUCAGCCUUAUAUGGACGAAGGCCACUUGUUCUAACUGACGAUGUCAGUAUCAUAUCGCCUAGUGCCGACGACGUGUUUUGGACGGAGACAAGCUCUGAAUGGUUGACUCUGGUGCAGGGAGAAACCCCGAAGCACAGGGAUACAAUUAGCCUCAGUUCGUGUGCGACCACUGGUGACGACUGGAGCGUGCAGACUGCGCGAGGAUUUCUUACACUUUUGCAGUCAUCACUAUGGGAGACCUACCAUAGUUUUCACACAUUGAGGUUCGUGGUACAGCUUGAUACCCGAAUUCAUCCCUGGCAGGCAUGCGAAACACUGAGCGAAAGAGACCUUGUUAGACUAACCUUGAGCUUGUCUCCCUAUUGCAUCAGGUCGUCAGAUGGUUUGAACAUCAACGACGCAGUAUCAUGGCAUCUCACAUGCCUCAUGCUCGCUGCGAAUUGUCAGAAUAUGGCAACGGCGCUGAGAUUUGCAGGCGAUGGAGCUGCCAAUUUUGCGCUUGAAGAUAUCAAAUCAUGGGCCAUGUCACCAACAGCACGGAGGGCGUGUCUCCACGCUGGAGAGAUAUUUGCGACAUUAUUCCACCGAAGAAUCAGGGAGUCCGUAACUUUGCAUACUGUUUGCGGGGCGUUUUGGGCAGGUCUCGUCAUGGGACUCUACUACCUCAAUGUUCCUUCUGAAUCAGCGACCAGAGAAUGUGACAUUGACUUAAUCAGCAGGUUUGACUGGCAAGCAAUCGAGACUGCCGGUCUUGCCAAAGACGCGCAGCAUCCACGAGGAGAAUCAUCAUCUCCCAUAGGAGUGUCGGCAAAAGCACUGGAGUUCAUAGCAGCUGGAGGAACUCCUCGCAUAUCCGGCGAUUACCAUCCUGGAGGUCAUGUAACUGCCAGGAGGAUCUUCUCGCACUUCGCUGAUCUGAUCGAUGGUCUGGGAACCUGGCGACUUCCGAUACUAUCUCAGGUUCUUCGCGCCGCGAGUGAAGACCUCAUGGACAUGGAUAGUCGGCCUUGA